AUGCAGGACGAGAACCGGGACCCCAGUUGCAAGCCCACCGCCGGCACGGGCCCGCUCGCGCUGUUCGCUUUAGACCUGUUCGGCGGCGCCUGCCAGGAGCUGCCCACGGCAGGGUGCCCCGCAUUCAGCCACUUGGAGGCCCUGUUUGUGGCGGGCACGCGGCUGGUGGCGGCGGGGUGGCAGGCGCCGAGCGCAGGGAGGCAGGACGACAUCGCCAUGCAGGUGGCGACACUGGACCUCUCCUCGGCGAUGGCCCCGGGCUGCGCGCGCCCCGUGGCGUGGACCAAGCUGCCGGCGCGCGGGCAUGUGCCGACUGCGCGCACCGGCUGCGCGUCCGCGCUGCUGCGUGGCGACAGCGGCGGCGGCGCGUGCCUGCUCAUCCAUGGCGGCAUGCUUUGCUCGCCAUCGGUCCAGGGCCUGCUGACGUCAGACGCGUACACCCUGGCCCUCGACACCUGCACCUGGACCAAGCUGGCGCCCAACACGAGCCGCGCGUUCGGGAAGGCCGCGCCCAGCCAGCCGCGGAUCAACCACUGCGCCGUCGCCGUGCCGCAAGCCGCCGGCGCGCUCGUGUUUGGUGGCACCUCGGCAAUCAGCUGCUUCGCCUCCUGCCCCACCGCCGAGCUCCUCUCCCGCGCAUCUGGCCCUGCCGCUUCGCUGUCGCCGCCGCUGCUGGCUGGCGCGCCGCCGCCGCUGCCGGCGCUGGCGGCGGCCGCGGCCGCGCUGGCGCCCCGCCACGACCUGCGUCCCUUCUGCCUGUCUGAGACCCUGAGCGACGCGGUGCUGGUGGCGGGGGACGCGCAGCUGCCCGCCCACCGGCUCGUGCUGGCGGCAAGCCCCAGGUUCAGGGAGCUGAUGGAGCAGGCGGCGGUGUACACCAAGCCUGUUGACAGGAAGUGGAAGCUGCACCUGACGGACGUGUACCCCGACAUUUUGAAGCUCCUGCUGGCACACAUGUACGGCUGCCUGGAGGCCGUCCCCGCCGCAGACGCGGCCACCCUGUUCAGCGCGGCCACCAGGUACGGCCUGCCGGCGCUGCGGGACGAGUGCCAGCGUGUGCUGUGCGCCUCAACCACCGUGGAGACCGUGUCGACCCACGUGCUGCUGGCCUACGAGCAUGCCUCCGCCGACCUCAUGCAGGCGUGCGUGUCGUUUGCGGCGGCGUCCCAGGAGCGCCUGGCCCAGAUGCUGGCGUCCCCCGGCUACCUGCACCUCACGGAGGCCAGCCCCAAGGUGGGGCAGCUCUUCCUCACCAUGGCCAUGCAGGAGCUGCUCAAGAAGGCGUGA